AAAGUGCUGAAACCAUCUUCUUUGUCCCUUUUCAAAACCGUAACGCCCACCUUUGAUUUCCGCCUCCCCACCUCACAAUUUCAAUCACUCCUGCAGAGCAAAAGAAACCGGAAGACAGAAAUGACCGCUGCAAUCGACCCGGUGGACGAGUUCCUCAACUUGGAUGCCUGGCCCCUUUCUCCCGAGGAAGAUUAUAGCAGUAGCGGAAAUGAUUCCGGUGAUCAGAGACACAGCCACCACCGCGGCCUGCCGUUUUCUCAGUCCUCAAUCUCCUCCUCCUCCUCCUCCUCCUCCCCCCACUCCCCCGGGGAGAGUUACAUGGUGGGAUUUUUAAUCGUGAACGUGGUCGGCAUUCAGUAUUACAAUGGGACCAUCAACGGCCGGGAAAUGGUGGGUCUGGUCAGAGAGCCCCUGAAUGCUUACGAUGAAAAUGCCAUUAAGGUUUUGAACACUCGGUCGGUUCAGGUCGGCCACAUUGAACGGAUGGCGGCAAAAGUCCUUGCCCCAAUGAUCGAUUCCCGUCUGAUCGCCGUCGAAGGUAUUGUGCCGAAGGCAUCAGUGAGGUUCAAUAGAUACAAAAUUCCUUGCCAGGUUCACAUUUUUGCAAGAAUAGAGGCUUUUGAUGCGGUGAAAUCGAACAUUGCAGCUGCUGGAUUGCAGCUUAUUUCAGAGAACAAUGCAUCAUUUGCUUUAUCUGAAGCUGCUGUGGUGAGGCAAAGAAGAGCUGGUGAAGGUGAAAAGAGUGUAGAUGAGAUCUUUAAGCUGUUGGAUGAGAAAAUUGGUCAGACCAGAGCAUUGGCUGCAUUGGAACCCCCUAAAGAUGUGAUAAAAUCAGAGCUGCUUUUGCACCAAAAGGAAGGCUUAGCCUGGUUAGUUCAGAGAGAAAAUUGUUUAGAAUUACCUCCAUUUUGGGAAGAAAGAGGUGGAGCUUAUGUUAAUGUAUUGACUAACUACAUGACAGAUGAGAAGCCAGAGCCAUUACGAGGUGGAAUUUUUGCUGAUGACAUGGGACUGGGAAAAACUCUUACUUUGCUUUCCUUAAUUGCAUUUGACAAAUUCCUUGGUCCUGGUCCUUCAUCAGUUGACACUGGUGAUGGAGACGUUGGAAAAGAAUUGGAAUUGAAAGAAGAGGAAGUUAUUGUUGUUAUUGAUAAGCGGUCCAAAAGACAAAGAGGCAGCAAAGGCACUAAUACUCAACAAAAGAGGCAGAAGACUGAGGUUGUAGAUGCAGGUGACAUUAAAGUAAAGUCCAAAUGUAGUUCUGAUCCACACAACUCUGUGGUUUCAAGAACCACCUUGAUCGUUUGUCCACCAUCUGUUUUUUCAUCAUGGGUAAACCAAUUAGGAGAGCACACUAUACCAGGACGCCUAAAAGUGUACAUGUACUAUGGAGAAAGGACGAAAGAUGCUAAUGUGCUACAGGCUUAUGAUAUAGUUCUCACUACUUACACCACUUUGGCUGCUGAAGAUCCAUGGGAAGAUUCUCCUGUGAAGAAGAUAGAAUGGAGGCGAAUAAUUCUGGAUGAGGCGCAUUUGAUCAAGAAUAUAAAUGCACUGCAAAGUCGUGCGGUUACAAAACUGAAUGCCAAGAGAAGGUGGCUUGUCACUGGAACACCAAUACAGAAUCAUUCGUUUGAUCUAUUUUCGUUAAUGGCUUUUCUGAGGUUUGAGCCUUUGUCAAUUAAGAACUACUGGAAUAAUUUGAUAGCACGCCCACUUGCUUCAGGAGAUGAGAAAGGCAUCUCGCGUCUUCAGGUUCUUAUGGCAGCCAUAUCUUUGAGGAGGACAAAGGACAAGGCAUUGGUUGGUUUGCCAUCAAAAUCUGUGGAGACGCUUCUUGUGGAUCUCUCAGCUGAAGAACGGGAUGUUUAUGACAAGAUGGAAUCUGAAGCCAGGAAAGUUAUUACGCAUUAUAUCAGCGGUGACACUUUAGUUAGAAACUAUUCAACAGUACUCAGCAUACUUGUACGACUUCGGCAGGUUUGCAAUGCUUUGGCCUUGUGCCCUCCAGAUAUCAGAGAGUUACUUCCUUCACUUGAAGAUGUAAAAAAAGAACCCAAAUUGCUGGAAAAGAUGCUUUCUGUGCUGCAAGAGGGUGAAGAUUUUGACUGCCCAAUCUGUAUUUGCCCACCACGUAAUGCAGUUAUUACUUGUUGUGCUCAUAUCUUCUGCCAAUCGUGCAUCCUCAAGACCAUCAGACGUUCAAACCCAUCUUGUCCACUGUGCCGCCAUCCACUAUCUGAUUCGGACCUCUUCCAAGCCCCUCCAAAUCUUUCUGAGACAGAAGAUACUCCAGAGUCUUCCAGUUUUUCAUCCAAGGUUGCUGUUCUUUUACAGCUUCUUUCUGCAUCCAGGGAUCACAGCCCAACAACAAAAUCAGUGGUCUUUUCACAGUUUCAGAAAAUGUUGCUCCUUCUUGAAGAGCCACUAAAAGCACUAGGAUUCCGGCUAUUGAGAUUAGAUGGCUCGAUGAAUGCCAAAAAGAGAGCAAAAGUAUUAAAAGAGUUCGAUGUACCAGCACCUGAAGGACCGACAAUCUUGCUUGCCAGUCUGAAAGCUUCUGGAGUUGGAAUUAAUCUUACUGCUGCUUCUAGGGUUUACUUGAUAGAGCCGUGGUGGAAUCCAGCAAUUGAAGAACAGGCAAUGGAUCGAAUCCACCGAAUUGGACAGAAAGAAGACGUGAAGAUUGUGAGGUUGAUUGCUAAGGAAACCGUUGAAGAAAGAAUAUUAGCAUUACAAGAGCAAAAGAAACUGCUCGCAAGGAAAGCUUUUGGUAGGAGGGUUCCUCAAGGCCAAAGGGAGAUCAACAAAGAAGAUCUCGUGACCUUGAUGUGCUUGUGAGUUAGUCUUACUUUACAUAAGAUACCCUGCAUGGCUUACUUUUGCCCAUACUGAUGUAACUAAUCUUUUUGAGUACCCAGCUUGCAAAGGUAUUUUUACUGUUAUAGUUGCAGAGCAUCCAAAUAUGUCAGUGAUGUAUUAUAGCCAUACUUUGUUUUGCUUUUCUUGUAUUAUAGUAACUCAAGGAUGAUUUCAGCUGCAAAUAUUUAGUUCUUUAUCUCAA